UCCGCCGGCCAGUCGUACUCCGUGGCGCGGCUCGGCGGACCCUAAGGGAGCGCCGCGAGGAGAGCCGAGGCGGGAACCUGGUCAGAGGAAUUGUGGGAGAAAUCGCCACCAACUACGAAACAUUGGACGGUUGUUUGGGCAUAUGCUCUCUUUCCAACGAUAUGAUCGACAAGCGCCAGCUCUCCCUCGGUGGAACCAACGGCAUUCUCCUGCUCUUGACAUCCCCUCACCACCCUCUCUCUCUCUCUCUCUCAAACGCAUCCCUAGGAAAGAAGAAGAAGAGCGAAUGAGCACGGAUAUCUUGAGCUGGAGGAAGAAGGGAAAAUGCCCCGCCAUUUGUUAGAAGGGUCUUCAUCUCCACAGUCAACUGGGAAGGCCUUGUCAUUGUUCCUUUUCAUCGGCGGUGCUGUAAUUCUUGUGAUCAUGUUACUCCUGGUUCUUUUCUGGAAACGUAUCAAGCCAAAGAUGCUGUUGCAGAAGAUGGCGAAAUCUGAAAAAAAUGGUCCAGAAGUUCCAGAUUACUUCAGCGGCAAUCUUCGAAUUAUUUCCUACUUCGACUAUCGUACUUUAAAAAGAGCAACGGGAUCUUUCCACCCAAAGAACCAGCUUGGUAGGGGAGGGUUUGGGCCAGUCUAUCAGGGUAAAUUAGUUGAUGGAAGGAUGAUUGCAGUGAAGCAAUUGUCUCUUGAAAAAUCUCAACAAGGGGAAUCUGAAUUUCUUGCUGAGGUUAGGAUGUUAACAAGCAUUCAACACAAGAAUCUUGUUCGCCUUAUUGGAUGUUGCUCGGAGGGAGCUCAAAGGCUGCUUGUAUAUGAGUACAUGAAAAAUGGGAGCUUGGACAGUCUAAUAUAUGGAAACUGCAAAACAUUUUUGAACUGGAAGAUGCGAUUCCAAAUCAUUCUUGGCAUAGCUCGAGGGCUACAGUAUCUGCAUGAAGACUCAAACUUACGGAUUGUCCAUAGAGAUAUCAAGGCUAGCAACAUCCUCCUUGAUGAUAAAUUCCAACCUAAAAUUAGCGAUUUUGGUUUGGCCAGGUUCUUCCCUGAAGACCAGACAUAUCUCAGCACCACAAUUGCUGGGACUCUAGGCUAUACUGCACCUGAAUAUGCUAUCAGAGGAGAGUUGUCGGAGAAAGCUGAUAUUUAUAGCUUUGGAGUUCUUGCACUUGAGAUCAUUAGUUCCAGAAAGAACACAGACCUUUCACUGCCAACAGAGAUGCAGUAUCUUCCAGAAUAUGCAUGGAAGCUUUUUGAGAGAUCGAGGGUCAUUGAUUUCGUAGACCCCAAAUUGAGAACAGAUGGGAUUGUGGAAAAAGAUGUUCUACAAGUCUGUCAUGUAGCCUUUUUAUGCCUCCAACCAGAUCCAAGCUUAAGGCCCCCAAUGUCGGAAGUAGUUGCCAUGCUAAUUCAGAAGACUGAACCCAUGGCCACUCCUUUGAAACCAGCAUUUUUGGAACGAAAGCAUCGAGUCGACAUAAGUCUUUCAUUGGAGUCUCCAUCUGAGGACCAUAUCUCUUCACCACCACAAAGUAAUUCUCCUUUCUCCCCUCUACCCGACAGGUUUUCACCACCACCUGAUGCCUCCAAGAGAUAGAUGAUGACUGUUUAUGUGGCAUCAAAGGCUGAUACUACAGCUUAUUGGACCUACAUGACAAAGUGAUGAACUUUAUGUUGCUGAGAUCAAUAAAAGGUUUUAGGAUCAGGAUCAAAUCACCUUGAGUGAAAGAUUUUUGGACGGUGGAGUCGGUGAGCGGCUCUGAAUAUCCACUUCAUCUAUGUGCCGCUGAUUGGUACUUUUUUCUUAAAGAAAGUAGAGAAGUUAAAUUUUUAUUGCAGUUUUCUAACCUAACACGAUGGUGCUUGUGAUUAAUAAAAUAUGUUGGUACUAGUUUGAGUCAUUUGAAAAGCAGAGGUGUUGUAUAUGACAACCUUGAGGUCGUGUGCUUCUUCUAGGCAUGGAUACCAGAUCAUCUGCCCUUUAAGAGGCUUUCUGAUUCAUAUGGUUGUUUGAAUUUUAUAUACUUUAAUUCGAGCAUUUCGUGUUAUUUAGCUGUGUCCAGAUGCUCGUUGUAAUAUUUAAAUGAGUGGUCUUUAAAUAAAAUUUAGUUCUUUUCAAGGCAUUUGUUUGCUGAAACUAGUAGAGGAAUAUCAGUGUUCCAUCAGGUUACACACAAAAUCUAAAAUGUUGGUCCAGGUGACCACUAACUAACCCGUAAAUAUCAAAACAUUUUGAAGCAGGGUUGAUGCGGGGUUGGAGUACAUUGCUUGGCUUGGUUAUUAGCUUGACAACCUACAAAUGUUCAGAGAUCGGGCUAAACCUGAAGAGACUUGUAAGUUGGUAACAGAUAAUUUGUGGGGUUUCCUGGUCUUUGAUGUGCUUCUGUAUUCCUGUUUUUUUUCAUUCGCUCAUUGAAAUAAACCCGAACGGCAAUCCUGCCACAUACUUGAAUGAGAGAGAAUAGAUAAUCAGUCUCACUUAUUGCCUAGGACUUGGCUUAUUUAGACCUCAGAUUCCUGUGAAUAAAGUAGAGACUUCAGCACUAUACUAAGUUAAACAAGAACUUAUCAAGGCAAAGUUCUCUUCAUUUUCUGAUAUUUCAAUAAAAACAUCAAGAUGCAAACUAGUCCUCUUAUCAAGUAGUUUAAUCUCUCGGCUCG